CGUGGGUUGACUUCUUCUGUUUUGAUUUUGUCAGAGAUGGGGGUAGUUAAAUAUGUUAAUAAAUAACCAAUCUUGCUUUUACCGGAAGAGGACAAGGUGCAGCACCGGCUUAGUAACGUUACUUUAAGUUAGUCAAAGAUAAAUGGCCGAGUGAGAUAGACUACCAGUAAGUGACCAUGGACAAAACGGAUAUUCUAAAAUUAAUGGAUGUUGGUCGGGGUCCACUUAUUGUAGAUGGUGGACUGGCAACAGAACUGGAAUCAACAGGUUGUAAAUUACAGGGAGAUCCUUUGUGGAGUGCAAGGCUGCUACAUACUAACCCACAGGCUAUUAAAGAUGCUCAUUACAGGUUUCUGUGUGCUGGUGCUGAUGUGAUAACUACAGCCACGUACCAGGCUAGUGUUGAGGGCUUCACCAGGCACCUGGACAUCACCCCUGAACAGGCCAACCAACUGAUCAUGUCAGGAGUGACUCUGGCCAGAGAGACUGUCAAACAGUUUAUGGCUGACCAACCUCCAUCAGAUCGCAGGGUGCCUCUGGUGGCAGGCUCUGUUGGACCUUACGGAGCGUUUCUACACAACGGCUCAGAGUACACUGGCGCUUACGCUGCGGAGAUGAGUGUUGAGGAACUGAAAGCCUGGCACCGCCCCCAGGUCCACUGUCUAGUUACAGCAGGGGUCGAUCUCAUUGCCAUGGAAACCAUCCCAAGCGUGAAGGAGGCAGAAGCUCUGGUGGAGCUGCUCAGAGAGUUUCCAGAUUCUAAAGCAUGGCUGGCCUUCUCCUGUAAGGAUGGCCAGUGUAUAUCUGACAACAGUCGUUUCUCUGAGGCGGUCCAGCUGGCCAGUAGGUCCAGUCAGCUGGUGGCUGUAGGGGUGAAUUGCUGUCCUCCAGCCCUGGUCAAGCCCCUCCUAGACUCAGCCAGGACACAGAGGAGACCAGACCUCGGCUGGGUGGUGUACCCCAACAGUGGAGAGGAGUGGGAUACAUACUCUGGGUGGAGAAAACCAGAGAAUAGAAUAUCUUCAAUAGCUGAACUGAGUCUGGAGUGGAUGAAACAAGGGUGUGCACUUAUAGGAGGGUGCUGUCGCAUCAGUCCUGCUCACAUAGCGGAGCUACGAAGACAGAUACAUGGAGACAUGUCUGGGUCUGAUGCUUCACAGCGGGGACAGGGAAGACCUUAAGACAGACACAUGGAGACAUGUCUGGGUCUGAUGCUUCACAGCGGGGACAGGGAAGACCUUAAGACAGACACAUGGAGACAUGUCUGGGUCUGAUGCUUCACAGCGGGGACAGGGAAGACCUUACAGCUCUUAUUACUGCUACAGUAUGUAAUCCCACAGUCAGAUUAUGCAAUUAAUAACUUUUUAAAAUGACACUUUUGAUAUGAGUUUAUAUAAAUGAUUUAUUAACCCUCAUACUGCCAACAUAUGUUAUAUACAUUUGGAUAGUAUUUACAUCCCUAGACUUUUUCUAAAUUAAUGUAUGACUUUCUCCACAUUUUGUUGUGUUACCACCUGAAUUUAAAAUAGAUUAAAUUGUCAAUCUUUGUUACUGUCCUACACACAAUGUCAAAGUGGAAUUGUGUAUUUUUAAAUGUUUUGAAAUUUAUAAAAAA